AGUUUGGAGAAUGCUUACCAAUCCAAACUUGUUGGUUAGUAAAGUGGUAAAAGGAAGGUAUUUUCCCAAUUCAUCUAUUCUUGAUGCACACGCAAAAAAUGGAGCUUCGUGGAUCUGGCAAAGUCUGCAUAGUUCAAUUGGGAUGCUGGAAAGUGGAUUAAGGAAGCAGGUUGGAGAUGGCAACACUAUUGCAAUUUGGAAGGACAGAUGGCUCAAAAACAGCUCAGCUUAUUUGGCGGGAAGGACAGAUACACUUGGUGCAGCAGUGCAAAUGGUGAAUACACUACCAAAACUGGUUAUGUCAAAGCCAAGGAAAGAAUGGAAAGAAACAACAAAAGACUGCUGCAACAGGAAAGCACUAGUAAGAAUAAGCAGAAUUCCAGAAUUUGGCAUCAGGUUUGGGACCUCAAUAUUAAGCACAAGGUUAAACACUUCCUGUGGAAAUGUCUACAUGACAUCCUUCCCACCCACGACAAUAUUUUCAAAAGAACAGGAAAAGGAGAACCUUGGUGCAGGAGAUGUGGGGAAAGUGCAGAAACAUUAGAACACCUCCUCUUCUUUUGCAGGACAAGUGAGCAGAUUUGGAAGACCUUCCCUAUCCAAUGGGAUGGUCUGGAACAUUUGAA